UUAAUUAGCCUUUCCAGACUCAGUCUUCAUAUCCCAUGGGGCUGCAUCAGUUCAACACAUCAAAAGAGUAUUUUUCAUAAGCAUAGUAACGAUAUAUAAGCUUAAGGGGGGACAAUGACGGAUCCAACUAGGCGCGAUCCUACCGAAUUUUUGCGUGUGUUACGCCGCAUGGCGAACACCACGUCAUGGCAGAAGGCCAUGACGUUUGCUUUCAAAGGUCGCAUGGUUGGAUAUCGUUUAACACUUGAGCAUUACAACACCAUAUUGUUUUCCCAAUCGAUGUGGGGGCGCGCACUCGAGAUCAUUCGUGUAGUGCGCGCAAUGCAGGAAGAUAACGUACAGCCGAACGGGGCAACCUACUACUACAUUGUUAAUGGAAUGGCCAACGCGGAUCAUGGCUACAACUACGACUUCAAGCUUAAUCACCGCCUCGAAAAGCUCCAACACUGGCGGGUGGCGUUAGAUGCACUCGAGGCAUGCGAAGCGAAUGGUUUUGAUUCUACCGAUACGAUGCACAACUCUGUCAUCAUAACCAUGACCAUACCAGGAUUUAAUCAUUGGGAAAAAGCUCUAAAGAUAUUAGACAAGAUGAUAACGGAAAAUCGUCAAAUGCAUCCCACCAUGGUUCGAUUUUUCCAUGACUGCUUGAUUCGAAACAAGAGACCACGAGAGGCAAGUGAGCUGCUGCGGAUGGCCGCGGAGCGCGGUGUGAAGGGGUACGAAAACGCGUGGGAGCCGGACGUGUUUCGAGGUCGCCCGACAUCGAGUGAAAUCGAUGAGAUGCGCAAGGAUCCAUCUAAGAAGGCGGCCGCGGCGUUGCUUGCGCUUCACCUCCGCAAAGAUCAAGAGCUCCUUCCGGAGCAGCUGCACGAGCUUCUCGAGCAGGACAGUCGGAAAAAUAUAAUCACAGAGGAAUCCCUCCCGCAGCCCUUCACCGCCGGCCUGCACUCAACUGAGAUCAACUCGGCAUUUAGACCACGAGUAUACCGGCAGUUGUGGUAUCAAUGGCAUCAGAUUGCAAACAAAUAUCGUCCUCGGUCAUCGCUGAAGCGUCGGCAGCUUGCACCAAAGGAUUCGCCCACAGGCAUACCAGGGUGGAACCGCAUCUAG